CUUACAAAGUGCGCGUUUUGGAUAUUGCAGCAUGCAGCAAGUUGGUGCAACGACAUCACCUCAUUCAUUAUUUUAUAACACCCUAUUUCCACUCACUUAUACAAUGCCAAUGAAGACUUAAACAUGUAGCAUUUUUUGAAUAUUCUGGCAGGAUCACAUUCUAGAUUGAUAUUGUGUCGGUGCAAAUUUAAUAGCAUACUAUCGUGCGUAAAAAUCAUAUUCUGCGUAAAUCCCCCAAAUUAUUUUUAUUCUAUCAGAAAUUACCAUAAGGACAGGGCCAUGGUAGAUAGCUGGCUUGCAUGUUGUCGUAUGAGUCACCUGGCUGCUUCGAGGGCUUUUAACCAUUAUUAUCUCAAUCCGGUAAGGUGAGCUGUGCGCUCGCUGGCUCGCUCCACCGCUCGCCUCACAGGUAGAGCUGGUAUGGCUGCUCACAAACCGCUGCAGGGUUGUCACCAGCGGGGUGUGAUCUUCCGUGGCCUCCCCCUUCAUACGUGCCCCGCUGUGGAUGUCCUGUCAAAAGUGGAAAGCGCGCCCAAGCUACUACCCUUGUAGGAAACAGGAGAGAGAAGAUUGAAAUAGACUAUUUAGCGUUAAUGAGUAACACUGGAUACGUUGUAAUUACAUUGGAUAAAUAUGAGGAGAAGUGUUGGCCAGCCGGGCGAUCUCAGAGUUUGCUGGCUUUGAUGCGACCCGAGGCUGCCUGGAGCAUGUCCACAGUGGGCCUGACUGCCCAGGAGACCUCUUUCCCUCUCGAGAACCCCUUCCUCUGGGGCAGCUGCCACAGCAUGGACUCGAACUCGUCCUGGGGGUACACUCAUGAAGCUAGCCCCAACUUUAGUAUAAAAUCACCCUACACAGAUCCAAAAGUUCAUUUGUACCACAAAGAGUCACCCCCUCUAUCUCUUAGUUAUGAAAGACACAAGCACAGUCCAGGAACACAGAGGCUCCUGAAGAAGUCCCGGCCAUCCUACCUCUCCCUGUCCUGCACCCCUGAGCCCUCCACGCCCAGCCCAUCAGAGGACACCCACAUCCUAUCACAGCCACAGUCUGCGUAUAGAGGCUGCAGCCCCCCACAGACUCCAGGGAGGUGCUCCAAGCCCCUGCCCCCCAUCCCCCUACAGACAGACUCCUGCUCUAUACAGAGCUUGGACAAUGAGGAAUAUUUUAUAAAUUCAGAUGAAAGCUGUCGGCUUGUGGCUGAUCCAGUUAUCAAACCUGUGCGUUUUGGACUUGGCCGGCGAAGCCUCAGAAUCCACGGACAAGUGAACCAUGCUUUCUGUGAUCAUGGUCCUCAGAGCCCCAGACCCACCCAGACACUACAGCACCACCCGGUAAACCAUCACCAGGGAAACCAUCACCAAAUUCAAAUUUCUCAUGACAGACAUGAGUCACAGCAUGAACCUCCUGUGCAGCGUGCUCCACGGCAAGAGACAGAGGACGUUCCCGUAUGUCCAAGACAGUUACAAGAUAAGACUCAGAGACGGGUUCGGCGCACACAGUCGGGCCCGGCAGGGUCUUUUAACAAACCCUCUUUUCUGAAUCUCCAGUCCAAACGAAACACUCACAGUACAUACAAACCUGAAGUGCCCCCUCCCAUCCCCCCACGGCACCAUAAGACAGAGGACCCCCGUCGCUGGUCAGUCGAAGUCUCUGGGGCCUACAGUGACGAGGACAGACCACCCAAACUCCCACCCCGUGACCCUCUGUCCAGGGGCUGCUCUCGUACUCCCAGUCCCAAAAGUCUGCCCCUGUAUGUCAAUGGAGAGAUGCCUCCAACACAGAGCUUUGCUCCAGAUCCUAAAUAUGUUUAUCGUGGUUUACAGAGACAGAACAGUGAGGGGUCACCUUGUAUCUUUCCUGUUAUUGAAAAUGGACAGAAAGUUAGCAACACACAUUACUUUCUAUUGGACGGCCCUCCAGCCCAAAAUUUAGAUGUAUCAAACUCAGAAUGGGACUAUCGCAGCCGGAAGAAAGCACCUGUGGAUUUUGUCUGACAACCUUUGCAUACUGUAUUUGUAUUAAAUAAGCAACAAUGGACCAUAGUACCCUCUAAACCGCUGCUUUUUAUGAUGGACUCUAUUGUGAACACACACAGGGUAGGUGUGCACUGCAUUAGUUACUGGUAACUUUGGUUUAUCGCAGCUGAGAUAUCUCUGGCUCCAGGUUUAGGCAAAGAUUUAAUAAGAAAACCUAUUUUUGAUAUGAUGUUUAAUUUCAUUACUUUUGUUGUAUUGACUCUUGUGGUAUCAAGGUACAAGCAGGCCUUGGACCUCCUCUCAGUGUUUUUUUUUUUUUUUUUUUUUUGUACGUGAAAUGCAUUGUGGGGGUUUCAUACUUUGUGAGUGACAAGGGACAAUAGGUCAGUAUCCAUUUUUAUAUGAAGUAAAUUGCUGGAAAAUGAAGGAUUUAAGCACAAACUCACCUUUCUGUGUUCUUGUUUUGUCAUGGGAGAUUUUUCCGUGGUAGCUCUUGGAUAAUGAUUGCAUGUACUGUAUGUUUAAAUGUGUGAGAGAUAUUUGGUGACAAAGAUAAAACUGUCUACUGUACUUGUUACUUUCUGUGCAGGUAAAUGUCAUGAAUGUAUCCAAAACUAACUGUCUUAUAUGAGUCUGUGGUCAAGCUGUGAGUCUUUGGUUGAUAUAAUUUGUACUACCUCCUGUUUUAACCUUACCUGUACUUACAGCAUGGGUAUCAAUGUCCUGACAUAGUUAUUAGUGAAUUGUUGAACACAAAAAACAAGAACAAAUAAAAAAAAAAAAAAAAAACAUAGAAGUAACACAUCAUAAGAGGGCCAGGUUUGUACAAUGAGCAAAACUAACCCAGCCUUCUCUCUGGUAUAAUAACCGGAUGUCCUUAAAUGAAGAUUUCUAGCACAAAUGUUAGGCCAACCUGUUGCACAGACUACAUAGACAGUACAGGGUUUACCUGACACAGACUUUUCCAGUUCUACUCAUGCAUUCCUGUCUUACAUGAUUGCAGUGGGUGUGGCCUCUUCAGACACAUUGGCUGCUGGCAGCUCAGAAAAUGUAUGAAUUUUACUGUUCUCAAACUUGGGUAAAUGUAGCAUAUAUUUGUAGUAACCUUGAUAGAAAAAGUUUUUGAUACUGCUGAGGUCAAAACACGGACAUUGAAGUUUUUGUUUCUUUCCCUUCUGCUCACAAAAUGUUGCAACCCCUUCCUAUGCUUUUUUAAAGAAUGUUUACAUCAUACACUGAUACUAUUUAAUCUUAAGGUAUUCAUGUCUUAUGUUGAAGAUGAAGAAAUUGAAAUUAUCGCUCGGAUGUAGGUGAAAAGAUGCACUGGGAGAGUAUGCAGUGUACAGUAUUUAACAAUUCCAUUUGCUAUGAACAGUUGAAGUAUAUAAUCUUUGAACAAAAAGGAUGUAAAAUAAAAAAGUACUUAUUUAUGA